AUGGAUUUUGUGGUGGUGGAUUCGGAUAGAUUAUCUGGUGGUCUGCUGUGUAUAUGGAAGCCAUCAGUUUUUGCAUUGUCUAGGUAUUGUUGCAACCGUAAUUUUAUUUUGUUGUCAGGUACUGUUGCUCUAUCUUUUUUGUGUGUGAUGAUAAAUGUAUAUGCACCAAAUGAGGUUUCUAGGAGAGAGUUAGUAUGGGAGUCUAUUACAAGGUUAAAGGCCAGUUUCAAUGUUCCUUGGUGUUUAGGGGGAGAUUUUAACGAGAUUAAGAAUAUUGGAGAGAGGAAAGGAUGUUCUAGAAGGGAGAGGGGUAUGAAGCAUUUCAAUGAUUUCAUUGAUCGGAUGGAGGUUGUUGAAUUGGAUAUGCUUGGAAGGAAGUAUACCUGGUGUAAUGAUACAGAGGGGGAAAAGUGGAGUAAAAUUGAUAGGUUUCUUUUGUCUCCUGAGUGGCUGUUAAUGUUCAAAUUCAAAUUUAUUUCUGUUGUAAAGAUAGCCUGGGAGGCCACAGUAGUAUCAGGUUGGGCUGGGUAUAAAGUUUUUGCCAAGUUAAAAGCAGUCAAGGCAUCCUUGAAACAAUGGAAUAUGGAAGUGUUUGGUGAUGUUAAUUAUAAGCUUAAAGCCUCUGAGGAUGAAUUACAUGAGCUGGACCUGGUUGCUGAAAUUAGAGAUCUUGAUGAUGGUGAGGUAGAAAGAAGACAGGAACUUAGAGGGGAAGUGCUAAAGUGGAGUAAGAAAAAAGAAUGGAUGUGGCUUCAAAAGUCGCGAUUGUCAUGGAUAUUGAACGGGGAUAAGGACACUAAGUUCUUUCAUUCCAUCGCAUCUUGUCGGCAAAGUAAGAAUUCGUUAAAUUCAUUGCUGGUCAGGCCUAAGCUUGGAGGAGUCUUCAAAUCAAUUGGAAGUAAUGAAAAGGUUGAGUUGGAAGCUGCCUUCUCAGAAUCUGAAAUUUGGGCAGCUGUUAAGGAGAUUGAUGGGAAUAAGGCCCCUGGGCAUGUUGGAAGAUUGGCUAAGUGUCUUGCUAGUUCUUUUGUUACUUUGGUUCCAAAAAAAGAUUGUCCAUCGGGCCUUGCUGAUUUUCGUCCAAUAAGUCUUAUUGGGGCAGUUUACAAGAUCUUAUCUAAAGUUCUUGUUCACAGAUUCAAGUAG